GACCCCAAACCCCCUCCUUUUCGCCCCAAAACCCGCCCCCGUUAACUCACCCAGCCCCCCCUCUCCCGCCGCGGCGGGUUAAUUAUUUAAUUUGUAAAUAGUGUACACAUUUGUAAGAGCUUAAUUGUACAUAGGCGGAAUAAAGGCUGCAGGACAAGUCCUCCACGGGCCGCUCUGCUCACUCACCCCCUAAUGCUUCCCUAUGGCCGUCUCUAUGGUUGGCGCCCAGCUCCGGGCCCUUCUAGCCUCGCUUCCGGCCUCGCCUCUAUGCCCCCGUGGCGGAGCUGCCGCCCCCCGAGCCCAGCAGCACCGAGGAUGAGCGCGGCGCCGGCCCCGACCCCCAGAGCUGCAACGGCGCCGCCGCCGCCCCCCCCGAGCCCGAGGAGCCCCCUCCGGCCCUUCCCGAGGCCCCCCCCGGCCCCCCAGGACCCCGAGCCCCCCGCGGACGAGGCCGCCCCCGGUUACCCCCCGGACUUCGAGAAGUUCUGGCGGGCGGCGCGCGACAACCCCCACGACUUCACCGCCUGGACCGAGCUGCUGCAGUACGUCGAGCAGGAGAACCACCUGCCGGCCGCCCGCAAGGCUUUCGACGCCUUUUUCUCGCACUACCCGUACUGCUACGGCUACUGGAAGAAGUACGCCGACAUGGAGCGCCGCUUCCACUGCGGGCCCGAGACCGAGGAGGUGCGCGGGGUCCCGGGCAGGGGGGGGUUCGGGGGGCGCGCGGGGAUUUUGUCACGGUUUUGGGGUCCUCAGGGUGUUUUGGGGUGCUACACGCUGCUUUUGUCACAAGUUUGGGGUGCUACACGUUGAUUUUGCCAUGAUUUUGGGGUCCCCAAGGUGUGUUGGGGUGCUACACGCUGCUUUUGCUUUGAUUUUGCCCCAAUUUUGGGGUCCCCGAGGCGUUUUGGGGUGCUACACGCUGCUUUUGCAUUGAUUUUGCCACGGUUUUAGGGUCCUCAGGGUGUUUUGGGGUGCUACACACUGAUUUUGGGUUGAUUUUGCCACAAUUUUGGGGUCCCCAAGGCAUUGCGGGGUGCUAUACGCUGCUUUUGGGUUGGUUUUGCCACAAUUUUGUGGUCUCCGAGAUGUUUUGGGGUGCUACACGCUGCUUUAAUCACAAGUUUGGGGUGCUACACAUUGAAUUCUGCCAC